AUUUGUACACAAAACCAUGUGUCUUCGUGUUUAUCCCCUUGAUUGGUCAAUUUGUGUUGCUAAAAAUCCACAUUGACGCGAAGAUAUUAUUGUGAUUAAAUAAUAUUUUUAGUUCGAGGUGAACGUUGAGUGUUUUAAUUGUGUUGACGCGAUGGAAGAUGCCGAUGGGAAUGCGGAAUCCAAGACAGUUGAACUGCAGGACGAGAAUUCAGAGGAAAUUCUGAAUGAUACUGAGUCUCCGAAAGACAAUUUGGACAGUGUUGCAAGUAAUUUGAGCAAAAAACAGCUAAAAAGGAUAAGGAAGAGGGAGAAAUGGCUGUCGAGGAAGGCAGAGAAGAGAUUGAAAGAACGAGCAAAAACCAGGGAAAAACGGGCAUUCGCUCGAGCUAAUAACAUCGACCUGGGGCCCUCCAGGAAGGCUCUCAAGAAGUGUACAAUGGCUGAGAGUCCCUGUAAAGUAACUGUCAUCAUCGACAUGUCGUUCGAUCAUCUGAUGAUCGAUAAGGAUAUAGCUAAAUUAAUUAAACAAAUUCUGAGGUGUUACACGUUGAAUCGACGGGCACUGGCACCUGUGCAAUUCUCUGUUACUAGUUUUAGUGGAAAGUCCAAGCAGGAGAUGGAGAAGCACAAUGGAUACCAGCACUGGGAUGUGAAGUUUUGUUCGCAGUCCUACCUGGAAAUUUAUGACUCGAAAAAAAUUAUUUACUUGACUUCAGAGUCUGAUAAUGUGAUUGAUACUUUAGAACAGGAUUUCGUGUAUAUAAUUGGGGGAUUAGUAGAUCAUAAUCAACAAAAGGGCUUGUGCCAUGAAUUAGCACAAAAAGCUAAAGUUGCUCAUGCACGCCUGCCUCUAGACAAAUUCCUCAAGAUGAAAAGUCGGAAAGUUUUAACAAUAGAUCAUGUUUUCGAAAUUCUCCUGAGGGUAACAGAAGGCACCACAUGGCAAGAGGCCUUCCUCCAGGUUCUCCCCCUCCGUAAAAACGCAGAGCCCAUGUCCUCCCAAGAUGACGCCCCCUGUGAUACAUCAUGCAGCCUCGAGCCCACAGGAUCACCCGAUAAAAUGGACUCCCACUAGGUACAUGAAGAUUGAAUUUUUAUUGUUUCUCCAAAAGAAUGUACAUGCGAGCAUUCUCACACAUUCAAUUUUGUCACAUAUUUAAAAAUAUAUCGAUACGCAUAGCACGCAUACAUAACGUGUAUGUACAUAGUUAUAUAUGUAUGUAGAAAUUUUGAAAUCAUACAUGUGUAAAUAAAUAACUCUUCUCUAAUAGCAUUUCGUAAAGUCGAUUGUAGAAACUCGGUUUGAGGAAGUGUAAGCAUUAAGCGUCAUUUCUGUACGAGAAAUUUUUCAUUUCCCAUUAACAUUAGGCAUUUACAAACAAAUACCGGAUUUAAACAGUUCUCUUUCACUGAUUAAACAGGAUCAUUAAGUAGGCCCUCGAAUGCACGAUUAUUUGCGAAAAUAAAAACACUUUGUACCAUUAACAUUUCAUUAGCGAAAGGGUAAAACCUUUUACGUCGAUUUAGCUCUUGGCUGAGUUUUUGAGGAAUAUCUCCGAAUCUAAGG